CCUCUGUCUUGCUAGUGUCUUACACGACGCUAGAUAAAUAUUGCUCUGCCUUUGCAAAGCGCUUGACUUAGGCGUCCGCACGGCUUUAGCUCAGGCUCCAAGCUGCGCAGACACAUCAGAAGGCUGCGGACGACCGCUCGUGCAAGCACGAAGUGCCAGGUCGACCGGUGCGCCGCGUGAGGCAAAACAGGCGAUAUCGACAAAAAACGCACGUACAGAUGAAGGUCCGCCAGCACUCCCUCCCGGUGCUCCAAAAUUUAUUGAAGAGGGACCCGUCCGCCUACCGCGAAGAGUUCGAGGCCAUCUGGAGGCAGUACCUCGCGGCAUUGGAGGCGUUUCGAUUGGGAGGCGCGUCGCAGAAGAAGACGAGAGGGGACGACGAAAGAAAAUUAGGGGAUCUGGCGACCUUCGUCGCCCACUGCGGCGUCCACUACAAGGAGGCGUCGAAGCGGUUCGCCACGGACCUCGUAGCACUCCUCAAGGACCGCUGCGCGACGUUACAGCCGGAUUUACGAUUACGUCUAGCGCAAGCUGCUGCUUUAGCUCGAAGCAAGGGUUUACUGGAUCCCCUGGUCCUAGCUGAUCUUUGUUUUGAAUUAAUAAGAAGAGUACGAGAUAAAGCCUUAAGGCAGUUCCUCGCGGACCACGUGGUCCGCGACUGCAAGAAAGCUUCGAGCGGCACGUUAGGUAGGAACCUGAGACGCUGCGUCUUCAAGGCGGCCGAGGAUCAGUCGGAAGCUAAUUCUGCCGCAUCUGCAAGAGUAGCGGUAGACGUCCUAGUAAGGUUGUACGCUUGUGGAUCGUGGACCGACGCGGCCACAGUUAAUUGUUUAGGAAGGUGCGCCGCGGACGAACGAGCACGAGUCGCUCUCGGGGCGGUCUACUUCUUCCUAGGUGUUGAUAGAGCACCAGUGUUAGAUUCCGAAUCGUCUGAAAACGAGAACGAGGGCGAAAAAGGUAGAGACCUGAAAAAUGCUCUCAAAGCGGUGGACGAGCACAAGCACUCGAAGAAGACGCGGGCGCGCGCGCGGCAGACGAAGCGCGCGAAGAAGGCCGCCAAAAAGAAGGCCCUCGGGAAGUCGGAACGGGCCGAACCAAAGUUUCCCGCGAUGCAGCUGCUCGACGAUCCCCAUCGCUUGUGCGACGCGUUGUUAGCUCGUGCAAGAAGGCAAGUGGAUGCUUUUGAACAGAGAGUCGCUCGGUUAGAUUUAUGUAGUCGCGUGGCCUGUACGCAUCGCCUGCAGCUCGUGGCGUUUUAUUCCUAUAUGAGGAGAUACCUGAAGCCGUCGCAAGAGCAAGCGCCGCGACUCCUAGUUUUGUUCGCGCAAGCGUGCCACGAGCUGGUGCCGCCGGACGAGCUCGUACCCAUUAUUCGACACGUCGCCGACGCGUUCGUUUCUGAUCGGAACGCUUCCGAGGCCAUGGCGCUGGGUAUCAAUGCCUUGAGGGAGGUAUGUGGACGGUGCCCCGCCGUGUUGGACGAGCCGGAGAUGCUUGGACUAGUUAGAGAUUUAGCCGCUUACUCAAAACAUAGGGACAAGUCGGUUGUGGUCGCUGCGAGGGGCUGGAUCAAUAUUGUAAGAGAGCACCACCCCCAGCUCCUGCAGAAGAAGGACCGCGGUAGAGAUAAAGCUCGCUCGAAGGCGACACCGUUGUCGUUCGGCGCUGACGUUGCUACGUCAUCAGUGCCGGGCGAGGACCUGUUGAGGUUGUACGAGCGGGGGCAGUUGCCCGAGGAGUUCGAGGACGUCGUGGAAGCGUGCAACGACCUGGAGGGCGGCGGCGAUGGCUGGGUUGAUGUGAGUGAUGGGGAGGAAGACGGUGCGGCGGCGGCCGACAAUGAUAAAGACGGCUGGGAGGACGCCGACUCCGGCUCCGAUGAUGAAGAGGACGAGGACGGCUGGGUCGACGUGGACCAGGGUUCCGAUAGUGACGCCGAGAGUAAUGCUGGAAGCGACGACGACGGCGACGCCGACGAGGAAGAGGAGGUAGCGCCCGCCGCGCGCGUGCUGUCGGCGGAGGACUUCGCGCGCAUCAAGCUGCUCAAGGCGCGGGCCGACGAGCUCAAAGGCACGGCGACAAAUCGGGGCCUGCUGUCCGGCGCCGACAUCGUCCCAGAAGCCGUGAAGAGAAGGACGACCGUCGAAGAGCGGAAAGCACGCCAAGUCUUGGACCGAGAAAAGUUCCAGCUGAAGACGCACGCCGGCGGCAAGACCAAUAGUGAAAAGAGACGCACGAAGAACUACUUGAUGGUGCAGAAGAAGAAGUCGCGGCUGAACGGUCUGAAAAAGAGGAAGUUGGGGAGCGGCAAGGGCGGCAAGCAGCAGCUCGGGCGGGACAAGCGGAAGCGGCGGCGGCUGUAAGUAUCUUGUCUCAUGUGCGGGCGUCGCGGCGACGGCGUGGGGGAGUUGUACGCCACCGAUGCUAGAAAGUAGACUUAG